UGAGAGUGAGAGUGAGAAAAGUAGACGAGGAAAAGCAUAAAUAUAUUGAUAGUCUCCUGAAGAUCCCUUGGUUAUUUUAAAUAAGAUUGCGUUGAGAGAAACACCUUUGAACUAUAAACAAUUUAGAAUCCGAAUCACCUUGACCAGUUACCUGUCCACCGAAAAGUUAAUCCUCUGUAAGAAUUAAUAUCAAUAUCAAUUAAUCUGUGAAAAAAGAAAGAAAAAUAAUUAUUUUACUUUGUUAUAUUCCAAGUUAUAUUUAAUUGUUGUCGAUUAAACGUCUCCCAGUCUUCAACAACAAAUAAGUGGCAAGCUAAAAACUUGUCAGUGUUUGAUUAUAGCUGUUAAUCAUCAUCAUCAUCUUCUUCUUAAUCUUCUUCGUCUUCAUUGGUUGAACAAUUUUCCAUUCUGUGAGUUAUAACCUGAAAAAUUGAGAGUCACAUCAAUCCUACACUUCUCGAGUUAGUUAUCCAACGUUAAUCAUAUACUUUCACUUGAUUUUGUAACUUGGUUUAUAACUGUUGCCGUGCUUUUCAAUUAACUUUUCACAACAAUUAAAUCAUGAAUUCAUCAUUAUUUACCCUUGUUCUCCUGGUUUUGGUUACGCUUCCAUUGAUUCAAAGUUAUUGGGAUGGUCAUCGAGCCCAACGAACUGAGCCCAAGAACCAAUUCAAUAAGAAACCUUUGAGAUAUUUAUACAAAAAAUCUUAUUAUAUUCCCUCCAAUGAUGGUAUCGAUUGGUCAGAUCCAGAUAUGAUGCAACAUCCUAUGGAUGACACACCUAGAAAGACUCAUCGUGGAUUGGGUGAUAUUUGUUCAUACAGUAAUGAUUGUGAAUCAGGAUGUUGCUUAUUAAAUCGUGAAUCGGGAAUUCGAAGUUGUCAAAAUCGAGCUCAAAGAGGUGAACGUUGUACUUUGGCGCAAAUUAAGGGUGACCUUUAUGUUGACGCUUGUCCUUGUGUCUCUGGAAAUGAUUAUUGUGAUUAUCCUUCCAACAUUUGUCGUAAAUAAGUUCUAAUUUUAUCGUUUGUUAAAAUGGAAACGUAUUUAUGGUAAAAGAUUUGAGAAUUUUUUUUUGCUGUUAUACCUUUUGUUACUAUGGAGCAUUUAAUUUACCAACUCUAAACUUUUAUAUAAUUUUACUUACGUAAUUUUCAAACAAUUUAAUCAUCUUUUUUUUUAAUACAACACAAAACAUUCAAUCAAUGGGUAUCAACAAACAUCACUCACACUCACAUAUAUUUACAAAUGGAUGAUGGAUCAACUGACCGGUUGUUUAAAUCUACCCUGAGACCAGAGUUAUGACUAUCAUUAACUAACCUUUAGUCUUGUCCAAUCUUGUGCUUUUGUGGUUAGUAACCUGUUGUCUUUAAAUGUUCAAGUUAAACUUGUUGAAAGGCCUUUUACAAUUUAACUAAAUCACCAUCUGAUUAACUCAGAUUACUGACUUGAACAUGAAGAAAACGGAAGUUACUGGAGUUGUUUACCAUCAUGUCCAAUUAUAAGCUAAAUCACCAUCAUCAUCAUCCUCAUCCUCAUCAACAACAACAAUUUACAUUCUUUUAUUUCAACAAAAAAAAAUUAGAAAAUAUAUUAAUAUAAAUAUAACUGAAAUGGAAUGAAAGAAGUCAAUGAUCAUCAACUUAUCAUCACCCUCGUCAUCCUUGUCACCAACACACUUCAUCUUAUCGUCGUCUUCACAAUUCAACAAAAAAGAAGAAAUUACAAUCAACCAUCUCAAUUCAUCUUUAUUUUCUUCUUCUCUUCUUUUUGUCCACCAUUUUUCCAGCCAAAAUCUUUUCUCUCUCUCCCCUCCUUUCCUUUCCGUCUUCUUCUUUUUCCCUCAAUUAUAUUAUUUUAUUAUUCUUUAUACAUAUUAACACCUCCACUUUACCCUCUUUCACCCACUUUCCGUUUCAAUCAAGUUUACUGAAUGAUUCCAAUUUCCAAUUGAUCCAAUCCAUCUUGAUUUCUUCUCUAUUCUUGCUCGUCUUCUUCUCUCUCUCUCCCCUCUCUUUCCAGUAUCAUCUUUGUCUUCUCCCUUUGAGAAAGUGGAAGAUAUCAGCUCAUUUCCUUACCGAAUCAGCCAUGACCCAGAUUAAUUUAAAAUAUCUACACCAUCUCAGCGUCUUACAUCAUCAACCACAACCACAACAACAACAACAACAACAACAACAACAACAACAACUACAGGCAAUAUUGUGAUUAAAGGGAUAAUAUCACAACAACAAUCGUCCAGUAAUAAUAAUAAUGAUGAUUAGAAGUAAACAAAACCUUUUGUUUCACUAAUCAACAGGCCAAACUUAGAUUUUAUCAUCAACACUUGAUUGUCUUUAACCAAUAUAUCUCCCACUUUCAUCAAGCUCUGUCAUCUUAAUAUCCACUAACCAAUUGAACAACAAUCAACUAUAACUCCCGUGUUGUGGAUAUAUUAUCAAUCCUUUCAAGAGAUCAUCAAAUAUUCAAUUAUAAUUAUCCCUCCGUCAUCAUCAUCAUCGUCAUCAUAGUCUAACCUGUUUACCGAAACAAAGAGAUCCCAUAACAAGCCAACUCACUACUACACAAUAGAUUCAAUAAGAAGAAGAAGAAGAUGACAAAUAACCAGAAAAAAAACUACAACUAAAAGAAAUCAAGAGAACAAUUAAAAAGAGGAAUCAUCGAUUGGUGUUAAUCAUCUGAUUAACUUUUCCACAAAAAGAAAGACGAAGUUAAUUCAUCUCGAUAUUUGUACAUAUAAACAUUUUUUUUAUGAUUAACAAUCAUUAAAUAUUUUCAUCUCAUA